AUGAGGGAUGGUAAAUUGGUGGUUAAAAUUGUUGCAGAAGAUAUCAAAUACCAGGAGGAAUUCUGGACCUCGACCCUUAUUGGAUAUGUGCUUGGUGAUACUCCGUUUGCUCGAUCAAUGGACAAUUAUGUUGCUACGGUAUGGAAUUUUGUUACGAAACCUAAGAUACUGUACCAUGAUAAAGGAUACUAUAUUUUUAAAUUUCAUACAGUAGAAGAUAGAGAUUUGGUUAUGCAUACUGGCUUACCAGUGGGAUAUUGGUCCCCUGAAGCACUGAGCAAAUUGGCUAGUGGGGUAGGCAAACCAUUGUAUACAAACAAGUUUACUGCAGAAUUGAAGAAGAUCUCAUAUGCUCGAGCAUUGGUUGAAGCAGAUGUGACUCAGUCCCUACCAGAGUGUAUUGAGAUUGAUACACCCUUUGGUGUAUUUCAACAGCAGGAAGUGGCAACGAAGAGAAGGAGAAGGAAUAGGAAGAAGCCUAAAGCUAAUGGUCCAGUCUGGCAAGCAAAGAUACCAAACAUAGAGCAGGAAGUACAAUUGGGAGUUGAUUUAGGGACUAGCCAGAUCAGCAAAGGGACAAAGGGCAAAGCCAUAUUUGGAGAAACAACUAAACAUGGAGAUCACAGUAGCAGAAUGCAUGAUCCUAAUCCUAUGAGAAUGCAGACUGUUAAUAGGUUUGCAUCCCUAAGAAUUGAGGAGCCUAGCACUAUAUGGGGUGGUCCUAGUCAAAGAAAGAAAGCAGGACAGAUCCUUCAGAAAGUAGCUAAAGAAUGGAACUAUUGCUGUAAGUAUAACACAUCAGUUAAUGGCAUAAUUUGGUUCUUAUGGAGAGAUCAUAUCGCUAUUCAAAUAUUAGCAAUACAGGAACAAUAUAUACAUUGCUCAGUAAAGGAUGUCACAUACCACUUUAGCACAGUACUCACUGUGGUAUAUGCAAAGAAUGUACUACAGCACAUGGAGGAAUUGUGGAAUGAAUUACAGCAGGUUGGGGCACCUAUAAGUGCACCAUGGAUUCUCAGUGGGGACUUCAAUAUUGUUCUUUCUACUGAGGAUAGAAUUGGGCAACCAGUUACAAUAACAAAGAUCCAAGGCUUCCAGGGAUUACUUAAUAACUUGCAAGUGACUCCACUAAGAUCAAUAGGAUGGCAUUUCACACGGUGUAAUAAGCAGCAUGUUACCAGCAAAGUCUAUAGUAAAAUAGAUUGGGGAUUAGGCAACCUCUAUUGGUUAUAG